UGCCCUUUUCCCAGUGUCUGUGGUGUGCCCCCUCUGCCCCCCUAGGGCCUGGGAUUCUCUUUGCUACCCGAAGUGACGGGCUCAGGAGCCGGAGGGGGUGGGGGCCAGCAGCAGCUGGAAGGGGAAUUGAGUGGGAAGGGGCCGGCGCUGGCAGCCGGAGAGAGUUUGAUGGAUUACUCUGCAGGCCGAGAGGUUUCUCCCUAAUCCCCCUUUGUGUCCCGGCCUGCAGCCCCCUCACCCUCUCUGACAAGCUGCUAAGCAGAAGGCUUCCAGUAACGGUGAAGAAAAGGCAGCUCAGCAGGGCGAACUCUAAAUCCCUGGCCUCCAGGCCCUGGGGGAGGCAGGCACCAGGGAGCAAGUCCGGGAUGGGGCUGGGGUCCCCCGUCCCACUGCCGGCCCUUAUUCUUUCUUAGGAGUCCCUGAGGUGGGGGGGCUUCAUUCUGAGUGGGGUCCUCAGGUUCCCCUGGGAGCCCUGUGAAGUCGUGGGCCUCCGCUUUUUCUGCAAAUCACUGUUUUUUUCUAGGGCAAGACUGGGGAAAGCAGAGACCCUCACUGCUUUGGAAAUAUUUGGCCCCAGAGAAUCAAAGACUGAGUGGGUUGGGAGUCACCAAAGCCGUGGUUGUCUAAUGCCGUGUCCCUCCCACCAUCUCCCCAGCAGCCCAAGCACACGGCACCCCUCACAAAGGGGAUCUGUCAUGAUGGGGAGCUCAUUGUCUCACAAGAAUGCUCAUUUCCAGGUCUCCUGGCUAGUGCAGGCUCUUUCUGGGGUGUCCCCAAGGCUCCCGUGGAGCUGCCGUGAGGGUGGGGCUCGUGGGGAGUGCAGUGUGCCAGGUUUCAUUAGGUAAGGUGACAGCAUUGAUCCCAUGGGACUGGGGCGAGGAGGGGGUGGGUAAUGGGGAGGAGGGCUGGGGAACCCCCAGACCUGAGAGGUCCACUCCCUGCCCCCAACCUAGAGGACCCUGGAGAGCUCAGUUUGGAGCAAGGUGCUGGGGUCGCCCCUUCUCUGCCAUCUCACUGACCUGGGGCAGGGCAGCCUUGGUGGGGUGUGUGUCCGGGAGGUUGGCCCAGGGUGACCCCACCCGCUUUCCUCAGCUGAGUCAUUAUUCCUCGUGCCUCACCAGCCCCCGAUUUCCCCUUCUGUGGGGAGGGCUGCGGGGUAGCUGUGAAGGGGAGAGGAGCCGCUUCUGAGGAGCCUGGGAGAAAGCAGAGCGUCUUUGAUCUGAGUGAUGAGACGUGUCCCCACUGAGGUGCCCCACAGCAGCAGGUGUUGAGCAUGGGCUGAGAAGCUGGACCGGCACCAAAGGGCUGGCGGAAAUGGGCGCCUGGCUGAUUCCUAGGCAGUUGGCGGCAGCAAGGAGGAGAGGCCGCAGCUUCUGGAGCAGAGCCGAGACGAAGCAGUUCUGGAGUGCCUGAACGGCCCCCUGAGCCCUACCCGCCUGGCCCACUAUGGUCCAGAGGCUGUGGGUGAGCCGCCUGCUGCGGCACCGGAAAGCCCAGCUCUUGCUGGUCAACCUGCUAACCUUUGGCCUGGAGGUGUGUUUGGCCGCAGGCAUCACCUAUGUGCCGCCUCUGCUGCUGGAAGUGGGGGUAGAGGAGAAGUUCAUGACCAUGGUGCUGGGCAUUGGUCCAGUGCUGGGCCUGGUCUGUGUCCCGCUCCUAGGCUCAGCCAGUGACCACUGGCGUGGACGCUAUGGCCGCCGCCGGCCCUUCAUCUGGGCGCUGUCCUUGGGCAUCCUGCUGAGCCUCUUUCUCAUCCCAAGGGCUGGCUGGCUAGCAGGGCUGCUGUGCCCGGAUCCCAGGCCCCUGGAGCUGGCACUGCUCAUCCUGGGCGUGGGGCUGCUGGACUUCUGUGGCCAGGUGUGCUUCACUCCACUGGAGGCCCUGCUCUCUGACCUCUUCCGGGACCCGGACCACUGUCGCCAGGCCUACUCUGUCUAUGCCUUCAUGAUCAGUCUUGGGGGCUGCCUGGGCUACCUCCUGCCUGCCAUUGACUGGGACACCAGUGCCCUGGCCCCCUACCUGGGCACCCAGGAGGAGUGCCUCUUUGGCCUGCUCACCCUCAUCUUCCUCACCUGCGUAGCAGCCACACUGCUGGUGGCUGAGGAGGCAGCGCUGGGCCCCACCGAGCCAGCAGAAGGGCUGUCGGCCCCCUCCUUGCCGCCCCACUGCUGUCCAUGCCGGGCCCGCUUGGCUUUCCGGAACCUGGGCGCCCUGCUUCCCCGGCUGCACCAGCUGUGCUGCCGCAUGCCCCGCACCCUGCGCCGGCUCUUCAUGGCUGAGCUGUGCAGCUGGAUGGCACUCAUGACCUUCACGCUGUUUUACACGGAUUUCGUGGGCGAGGGGCUGUACCAGGGCGUGCCCAGAGCUGAGCCGGGCACCGAGGCCCGGAGACACUAUGAUGAAGGCGUUCGGAUGGGCAGCCUGGGGCUGUUCCUGCAGUGCGCCAUCUCCCUGGUCUUCUCUCUGGUCAUGGACCGGCUGGUGCAGCGAUUCGGCACUCGAGCAGUCUAUUUGGCCAGUGUGGCAGCUUUCCCUGUGGCUGCCGGUGCCACAUGCCUGUCCCACAGUGUGGCCGUGGUGACAGCUUCAGCCGCCCUCACCGGGUUCACCUUCUCAGCUCUGCAGAUCCUGCCCUACACACUGGCCUCCCUCUACCACCGGGAGAAGCAGGUGUUCCUGCCCAAAUACCGAGGGGACACUGGAGGUGCUAGCAGUGAGGACAGCCUGAUGACCAGCUUCCUGCCAAGCCCUAAGCCUGGAGCUCCCUUCCCUAAUGGACACGUGGGUGCUGGAGGCAGUGACCUGCUCCCACCUCCACCCGCACUCUGCGGGGCCUCUGCCUGUGAUGUCUCCGUACGUGUGGUGGUGGGUGAGCCCACCGAGGCCAGGGUGGUUCCGGGCCGGGGCAUCUGCCUGGACCUCGCCAUCCUGGAUAGUGCCUUCCUGCUGUCCCAGGUGGCCCCGUCCCUGUUUAUGGGCUCCAUCGUCCAGCUCAGCCAGUCUGUCACUGCCUAUAUGGUGUCUGCCGCAGGCCUGGGUCUGGUCGCCAUUUACUUUGCUACACAGGUAGUAUUUGACAAGAGCGACUUGGCCAAAUACUCAGUGUAGAAAACUUCCAGCACAUUGGGGUGGAGGGCCUGCCUCAGUGGGUCCCAGCUCCCCCCUCCUGUUAGCCCCAUUGGGGCUGCCUGGCUGGCCGCCAGUUUCUGUUGCUGCCAAAGUAAUGUGGCUCUCUGCUGCCACCCUGUGCUGCUGAGGUGCGUAGCUGCACAGCUGGGGGCUGGGGCGUCCCUCUCCUCUCUCCCCAGUCUCUAGGGCUGCCUGACCGGAGGCCUUCCAAGGGGGUUUCAGUCUGGACUUAUACAGAGAGGCCAGGAGGGCUCCAUGCACUGGAAUGCGGGGACUCUGCAGGUGGAUUACCCAGGCUCAGGGUUAACAGCUAGCCUCCUAGUUGAGACACACCUAGAGAAGGGUUUUUGGGAGCUGAAUAAACUCAGUCACCUGGUUUCCCACCUCUAAGCCCCUUAACCUGCAGCUUCGUUUAAUGUAGCUCUUGCAUGGGAGUUUCUAGGAUGAAACACUCCUCCAUGGGAUUUGAACAUAUGAAAGUUAUUUGUAGGAGAAGAGUCCUGAGGGGCAACACACAAGAACCAGGUCCCCUCAGCCCACAGCACUGUCUUUUUGCUGAUCCACCCCCCUCUUACCUUUUAUCAGGAUGUGGCCUGUUGGUCCUUCUGUUGCCAUCACAGGGACACAGGCAUUUAAAUAUUUAACUUAUUUAUUUAACAAAGUAGAAGGGAAUCCAUUGCUAGCUUUUCUGUGUUGGUGUCUAAUAUUUGGGUAGGGUGGGGGAUCCCCAACAAUCAGGUCCCCUGAGAUAGCUGGUCAUUGGGCUGAUCAUUGCCAGAAUCUUCUUCUCCUGGGGUCUGGCCCCCCAAAAUGCCUAACCCAGGACCUUGGAAAUUCUACUCAUCCCAAAUGAUAAUUCCAAAUGCUGUUACCCAAGGUUAGGGUGUUGAAGGAAGGUGGAGGGUGGGGCUUCAGGUCUCAACGGCUUCCCUAACCACCCCUCUUCUCUUGGCCCAGCCUGGUUCCCCCCACUUCCACUCCCCUCUACUCUCUCUAGGACUGGGCUGAUGAAGGCACUGCCCAAAAUUUCCCCUACCCCCAACUUUCCCCACCGGCUCCACAGCCCUGUUUGGAGCUACUGCAGGACCAGAAGCACAAAGUGCGGUUUCCCAAGCCUUUGUCCAUCUCAGCCCCCAGAGUAUAUCUGUGCUUGGGGAAUCUCACACAGAAACUCAGGAGCACCCCCUGCCUGAGCUAAGGGAGGUCUUAUCUCUCAGGGGGGUUUAAGUGCCGUUUGCAAUAAUGUCGUCUUAUUUAUUUAGCGGGGUGAAUAUUUUAUACUGUAAGUGAGCAAUCAGAGUAUAAUGUUUAUGGUGACAAAAUUAAAGGCUUUCUUAUAUG